AUGGAGAACAGGCCAGAGAUAGCUACAGAAGUAGACAGGCUAUGGGACUUAGAGACUGUCGGGAUCCGAGAAGGUGAUCCAGUGCACGUGGAGUUCAAAGAUACAGUCAAGUUCAACGGUAGACGUUAUGUAGUAAAUCUACCUUGGAAGUCAGCAACAGCCAAAGCCUCAUUACCAGACAACAAGAAGCUAUGUGAAAAGCGGCUACGUUCUCAGCUGAAAAGAUUAUUUAGAGUCCCGGAGCAGUUAGAAGCUUAUGAUGGCAUCAUACAAGAGCAGAUAAAGGCGGGAAUUGUGGAAAAGGCUCCCAAGAAAGAAACAGGGGUAACAGCCACCCACUACAUACCCCAUAAUGCUGUCAUUCGACAAGAAGCAGAGUCAACAAAAGUGAGAAUCGAGUUUGACGCGUCAGCAAAGGAGAGGAAACGUAGCUAUUUGCUAAAUGAGUGCCUUCACAAGGGACCACCAUUGAUACCUAUGCUGUUUGACAUUGUGCUUCGGUACAGAAUGUACCUCGUUGCUCUGGUGGGUGAUGUACAAAAAGCCUUUCACCAGAUUGAAGUAGCAGUUGAAGACAGAGAUUGCCUAAGGUUUUUGUGGGUUGAAGAUCCAAAGAAUGCAAUUUCAGAGCUUUCUGAGUUGAGGUUCACUCGGGUUAUCUUUGGAGCGGGUCCGAGUCCAUUCUUGCUAAAUGCGACGAUGCAAAGGCACAUUGGAGGCUAUGAGGAGACAGAUCCAGAGUUUGUCAGUUUGGUGGUUAAAAGUGUAUUUGUGGAUGAUUUUGUUGGUGGCGGUAGAAACUCGACAGAAGUUAUCACAUUGAAAAAGAAACUCACCGAUGUAAUGCAAGAAGGUGGCUUCACUCUUCACAAGUGGAAGUCAAAUAUUGAGGAAGUGUGCAGCUCGCCAACGGUGGACAGUAAAGGCGAUGAAGACGAAACAUUUGCGAAGCAGAAACUUAAUCUGGAUGAGAGCCAAAGUAAAGUCCUUGGGAUAAAGUGGAAUCCAAGGAGUGAUAUAAUGGCAGUGGAAUUGUCACAGGUUGCAGAGGAAGCAGAAAGGGAUUUACGCAUGACCAAAAGGGAGUUGCUGAGCCGCUUGUCCAGAAUCUAUGACCCAUUAGGAGUUGCGGGUCCGAUCACCAUUGUUGGUAGAAAGAUCUUCACAUAUGCUUGCAGAGAAGGUAUAACUUGGGACAGUUUGGUCAGUGAAGAUCUGCAUGGUAAAUGGAAGACAUUUGAAAGAAAUUUGAAGCAAAGGUCAGAGAUAGAGUUCCCAAGAUGUGUUGCAUUGUCAGAGAAGCCAAAGGAGAUGUCAUUGCACACCUUCGCAGAUGCAAGUCAAACAGCCUACUGCGCGGCCGUGUAUUUGGUUGUGACGUUGCCGCAAGGAAAGUUCAGUAACCUGCUGACUGCUAAAACCAGGCUGCCUCCAUUGAAGAAGGAAAUGACCAUUCCACGUUUGGAGUUGACAGCAGCAAGGAUUGCGGCAAGGUUGGCAGCGACAGUAAAACAAGCACUGGCAGGAUUUGAGUUAAAAAGGGUCUGCAUGUGGUCGGAUAGUUGCACGGUUCUCCAUUGGCUGCAAAGACGAGGUCAGUAUCGCCAAUUUGUUGAAUACAGAGUCAAGGAAAUCGAACAUCUGUCAAAUGGUGCAACAUGGCAGUAUUGUCCAACAAGCGAAAAUCCGGCGGAUCUUGGCACAAGGGGCAAAACACCGCUACAAUUACAAGGGAGUGACCUGUGGUGGCAGGGACCAUCGUGGCUGAUUUCUGAUCAGUGGCCAGAACAGCCCAUCUUGUCAAGGGAAAAGGAAAUCGAAGAUGAAGAAAUAAAUCCAGUGUUACAGAUGGCCACGACGAUAAAAGAAAGGGGACUUUCAAGUUUGAUAAGGUUGAAAGAUUAUAGCUCAAAGAGAAGAUUACUUGGUGUAACUGCGUGGAUUUUGCGUUUUAUGAAGAACUGCAGGGCAAGCAAGGGAGAUAGGCUCCAACUGAAAUACGUUACAACGGACGAAGUAAAGGAAGCGGAAGAGAGGUGGGUGAAAGUAGUACAAUGCGAAAUUGAAGAGAGUGCAAAUUACAAGCAGUUGGUGCAACAGCUGAACGUUGUAAAGAUAGACGGAGUGAUGAGAUGCAAGGGAAGAUUGCAGUUUUCUGGAUUGUCGUUUGAAGUACAGAAUCCAGCGUUGUUACCAAGAAGACUAGCUACGUUUGCCGGAGAAGAAACGAGUGAACUACAAACUCAGGUUUUGAAUCAAGAAGAUUAA